AUGGAUUGCCUCACCCAGUACGACAUGAUCGCCGUGGACGAGGUCUCCCAACUCUCGCAGAAGGACUUCGAGCGCAUAGUGCAAAUGUGGGAGGCCGCUGACCGCAUUCCAGCUUUGAUCUUUGCCGGGGACUUCUGGCAGCUCCCAGGCGUCCAGCCGACACGCGCCACGGAUAGUCCCAAAUGGCGCCUGGUGCAUCAGAUUGAGCUCCACGAGAUGUGGCGGUGCAAGGACGAAACUUUGCGAGAGAAGCUCAUGGCCUUGCGCACUGCCAUGCCCACCAAGGCGCUGCUGAAGCGCAUCGCGCUGCGCCACAAGGCGUGGUCGGGGCACCGGGAACCGACGGCUUGGGACCUCCAGCACCUCUACAGCAAAGUGCCCCACACCACCGUCGCCACAUGCACCCGGAGGGCGGCCGCCCAUGUGAACGAGCUCUCUAUCUGGGUACUCUUCACCACGAAGCGGAAGCGCCCACUGGCCGAGCUCAAGGAGAACAAGGUGGUGCUCGGGCGGCCGCCGGUGCCUCUGUCCAUGAAACUCUUCAAGGGAAUGCGGGUGCGCAUCACCAGAAACGUGGACAAGGGCUCGGACUUCAUCAACGGCGUGGAGGCCACUGUGAAGAGCUACGACUCGGCCUCGCGCUGUGUGCACGUGCUCACCAAGACGGGCCGCAACCUCGCAAUCUACCCCAUAACCGAUUGGAUCCAAGAGUGUGGGUACGUGACCGCCUACCCUAUUCGCGCUGGGUAUGCCAGCACAGUGCACAAGCUGCAGGGGGCGGAGCUUGACCACAUAACCAUCUGGCUGGAUAUCCCCUUCAUGAAGGCAGCAGGAUACGUGGCUCUCAGCCGAGUGCAAAGAGAUGGCGACUACCUCCUGGGCGGCAAGGUCACUCGUCGGCACUUCGUCCCGGCCAUGUGA